AUGGCUUGGGUCGUGCGCCAAUUGCAGUACGACAGAUCUGCCCGUACAAGAAGAUCAAAGACUCUAGUAAUUUUUUUUGAUGUCUCUGUCAUCCGUGCUUGCAAACAGCUUCAGCAUGAAGCCGAGGAAGUCCUCUACGGUACAUCCUCUUGGCAAUUAAUGUACGCUGACUGGGGGGACAUGGGCAGCAAGAACCACUAG